AUGAUAAAGUUUUUCCUCAUGGUAAAUAAACAAGGGCAGACCCGACUUUCUAAGUACUAUGAACAUGUGGAGAUUAAUAAGCGUACACUCCUGGAAACAGAAGUCAUUAAGAGCUGUCUUUCUCGAUCUAAUGAACAAUGCUCUUUCAUUGAAUAUAAGGAUUUCAAGCUAAUAUACCGGCAGUAUGCAGCUCUCUUCAUUGUGGUUGGAGUUAAUGACACUGAGAAUGAGAUGUCUAUUUAUGAAUUCAUCCAUAACUUUGUGGAAGUUUUAGAUGAGUACUUCAGCCGAGUGAGUGAAUUAGAUAUAAUGUUUAAUUUGGAUAAAGUACACAUCAUUUUGGAUGAGAUGGUGCUAAAUGGCUGCAUUGUGGAAACUAACCGAGCAAGAAUUCUUGCUCCUCUACUAAUUCUUGAUAAGAUGUCAGAAAGCUGA